AUCUUAUAAUGCAAAUUAAUUACCAACAAAUCACCAACCAAACCAUCAAAAAACUCUGAGCUUCUCUUCAUUUCUGGUGUUGAAUUUUGGAUUUGAUCAUCAAACAAGACAAACCCAAGUUACAAAUUUGUUGAAAAUUCAAUAUGGAGAGCACAAGCACAAAGGUAGAGUUUAUGAAGCCAGUGCUCCUCAAAGCAGGACUUCCUCUAGCCAUUUCUGUGGCUGGUUUCAUUAUUGCUAGGAUCACAACAAGAAAAACUGCAGUUCCGAAAGCUUCAUCCCCAGAAAUUCAGUCAAAUAGUCGAAUAGUAGUCGAUCGUCCCGAGUAUGGGGAUGAAGAGAGCAUUCAUAGCCUUGAUUCAACAUUUCUAUCCUGUAUGGGGGAUGAAAAUAUUUUGGUAGACACCCUUUACAAGAAUUCGCUUGAAAGUUUGCAAAUUUCGAAUAGAUGUGAACUAGAAGACGAAAUUUUAGGCCUCAAAAGCCGAUUAGAAGAUCUUCAGGAGAGAGAAUGGGAAUUAGAGAGGCGAUUUCUUCAAUAUCAUGACUUGAAAGAUCAAGAAUUGGUGCUCAUGGAGCUACAUAACAAGUUGGUUUUGGAGAUAGCUAGAGUUGAGUUCUUUGGUAGGGAGGUAUCACUGAUGGAGGCAGAGAACAAGAGGCUUGAAGAAAUUGUCCGCGAAUAUGUGAAAGUUCUUGAGCAGCUUGAAUUCUCAAGAUUAGAAAAUGGAUUGCUUCACAAGAGGGUAAGAAAGUUUUUGAGAAAAUUGAAACAGAGUUUGUAUGUUAUAAGGGAACAUAAAUUGAAAAUUGAAGCUAGAGAAGCAGUGAGUUCAAGAAAUGAUGAGGAAUUAGAAAGAAAGGCAGCUACCAUCAAGGCUUUGGAGGGUGAAAAUAGGGAGCUGAAAACUGUUGUGGCGGGACUGCAGGAGGAGAAAAAUGAACUCCUGAACAGGGUUGAGUUGGCAGAAACAUCAGCUUCAUCAAAGAUUGAAGCAAAAGGGAUAACAGUGGAGGUUUACAAUCAGCUAGUUUGUGAACUAAAACAACUCCAAAAUGAUAGAUCAACUGAAGUUAAAGAACUGAUAUAUUUAAGGUGGUGCAAUGCUUGCUUGAGGCAUGAACUAACGAGGAUGAAUCAAGAACAACUGGAAGAGAGGAAGAACCAAUUGGAGCUGGAUUUCAGUGGAAGCAGAGAAAUUGAAGCUUUUGAAUUCGACCAUGAAUCGGAUGGUACCAUUUCGGGGCACGUUGAACCUUGCUUUGACUCGAAAAUUGGUCAUCAUACCCACGCUCAUUCAAAAAGGCGAAAUCUGAAGUUAAUUGAGAAGUUCAAGCAAUGGGUGGAAGGGAGUGAGAAGAGAAAACAGAAUUUAGAUGAGAAAGAGCAGCAUGAAUUCAAAUGUUUUGGAAAACAUUCUGUUUCUGAUAGUGCAAAGGAAGGACAUCUUCCACCAAGGAAGUCAUGUUCUAGUGCAUAA